UCCGCUGAAACUCUCAGAAAGAGCUUCCUGACGUCAGCUCAGGGAGCCGGUCUUUUUUCUGAACUUACUCGCCUUUAAACACUUCCUGUACUUGAGCAGUUGCUUAUUAAUCACUUGUGACAAACCAGCGAAAGCGGGAGGCAGAAGCAAACCGAAGUGAGAAUGAAUACUGAGCAUGAGAUCAAUCUUCUGAUUGAAGAAAUUCGUCGCCUUGGAUCUCCAGGUGCAGAUGGUAAAAUUAGAGUGAAGUUUGGAGUGCUGUUCACCGACGAUAAAUGUGCCAAUCUUUUCGAGGCUCUGGUUGGGACUCUGAAAGCUGCGAAAAAGAAGAAGAAGGUUAGCUUCACUGAAGAGCUGCUCCUUCAAGGAGUUCACGACAAUGUUGACAUUGUCUUAGAAGUUGAUUGAAGACGGUCUGAAUACUCCAGAUUGCAACAGCAGUAUGAGCAACAUCUUGAAUCUCUGGGAUAGGUUUAAAACAGUACUGACCUUGAGUGUGCCUUGGAACCACAAGGUGGACUUUUUUUUAAAGAUGUAAUUUAUCAUAAUAUUGAAAUUUUGGAUUUCUAAUUUGUGUAUUUGGGUUGUGUGAAAUUGGAAACUACAGCAAUAAAGUAUCGUCAGUCAA